GCGGGAUGUGGCCGGGCAUGGUGGUGGGGGUGGUCCGGACGGCCGUGCGUCGGGGUCCGGCGCUCAGCCUUCGCCUGGCCUCGCGGGGCCUGCACGCCACGGGGGCUCGGGCUGUGCCGCUCAUCCCCAUCGUGGUGGAGCAGACGGGUCGCGGCGAGCGGGCCUACGACAUCUACUCGCGACUGCUGCGGGAGCGCAUCGUGUGCGUCAUGGGGCCGAUCGAUGACAACGUGGCCAGUCUGGUGAUCGCCCAGCUGCUCUUCCUUCAGUCCGAGAGCAACAAGAAGCCUAUUCACAUGUACAUCAACAGUCCAGGCGGCGUGGUGACGGCAGGCCUGGCCAUCUACGACACCAUGCAGUACAUACUGAACCCCGUCUGCACCUGGUGCGUGGGCCAGGCCGCCAGCAUGGGCUCCCUGCUCCUGGCCGCGGGCUCGCCCGGCAUGCGGCACUCACUGCCCAACGCGCGGAUCAUGAUCCACCAGCCCUCCGGGGGCGCGAGGGGCCAGGCCACAGACAUCGCCAUCCAGGCCGAGGAGAUCAUUAAACUCAAGAAGCAGCUGUACAGCAUCUACGCCAAACACACCAAGCAGAGCCUGCAGGUGAUUGAGUCGGCCAUGGAGAGGGACCGUUACAUGAGCCCCAUGGAGGCGCAGGAGUUCGGCAUCUUGGAUAAGGUCCUGGUCCACCCGCCCCAGGAUGGCGAGGAUGAGCCCCAGCUGGUGCAGAAGGAGCCCCCAGUGGCGGCGGCCGACUCGACCCCCACGGCUGAGCCCAUCCCCGUCAGUGCCUGACAGCUGGCCCUCCCCCUCCCCUCCGGCACCCGGAACCCCGGCCCUACAGAACUCUACUCUUGGCGGUUGCUCCCGGUGGGGCAGGGGAACCCCCCACCCCAGCCGAGACACUGUGAUUGGCAAUUAAAUUCAGACUGUCUUUUGCU